CACAGAAAGGGGACAAUCUGAAUUCCCAAGUAGAGUAUCGUCUAGGGUUCUUCAAUUCCAAGCUAUCUCCACUCUUUUACCGAUUCGGAUUCAAUUGCUUUUCCAAAUCAAGGGUCUCAACCAUCUCCGCAAGAUCUUGUCCGUCUGAUCGAUACAAUUUUCUCUAAAUAUGGUUGAAAUUUGCAAACCCUACCUUGAUUUUAAUCAAAGUUCGAACCUUUGUUGCAAUUUCAGCGACCCCGAUCCGUUUCACUGAUAAUUUGCCUAAUUUUGAGAGAAGGAUCCAUUUAUUUUAUGUUGAUUUUGAAGACAGUGAUGAGAAUGAUAUUGGGUUUACAAGUAUCUUAGUUUGAAUUUUAGGUGAAAGCUUGUGGUUUCGUGUGGAAUUUGCACUUUGUUUAUCAGUGCGUUGUAUAAAUCUUUUUUUUUUUUAAAUUUCUUUGGUAAGUGGGUUCUGCAUUUUGUUUUUUACUCUUUUUUUUUGUGAUCAGUCAGUUGUAUAGAUUUUUUUUUCUGUUUCAAGUAUUAUCAUGUAUAUAGAGGAAGAGAAGAGAGGAGAGUUGGAGAAUGGGGAAGUGGAGAUGGGUGGAGUGGUAGAGAAGGCAGAGAAAUCAUUUCCUGCUGAUAAGGUGGUGUGUUCUAGUGGUAGUAGUGGCAAGAAUGCUAUUGUUGUGUUGGAUGUCAGGAGGGUCAUGGUUGGAGUUGGUGCUCGGGCUUUGUUUUACCCGACACUUCUCUACAAUGUUGUUAGGAACAAGAUUCAAGUGGAGUUUCGCUGGUGGGACUGGAUUGAUGAGUUUGUGUUAUUAGGUGCUGUCCCUUUCCCAUCGGAUGUGAAAAGGCUUAAGGAGCUUGGUGUCUCCGGUGUUGUCACCCUUAAUGAGCCAUAUGAGACUUUAGUUCCAACUUCUUUAUAUGAGGCUCAUGGUAUUCGUCAUUUGGUUCUCCCCACAAGAGAUUACUUAUUUGCGCCAUCACUGAAUAAUAUAUGUCAAGCAGUAGAGUUCAUCCAUGAAAAUGCUUCCAAUGGACAAAGUACAUAUGUGCACUGCAAGGCUGGUCGAGGACGUAGCACGACCAUUGUCUUAUGCUACUUGGUUAAGUACAAGCAGAUGACACCAAAUGAUGCAUAUAACUAUGUGAAGUCAAUUCGUCCAAGGGUGCUUUUGGCCUCUACCCAGCGACAGGCUGUCCAGGAUUUCUACCAUAUCAUGGUGGAAAAGACAUACAGUUCUAACCCCUUGACUAGUAUGAUCUCGUUGAGUUCAAGGUUCUUGGCUAGACGUAAUUUGCUUGCCUUUGAUGAUGGUGCUGUAGUGGUGAUAACCGAAACAGAUCUAGAUGGAUAUGAUUCGGGCCUCGACUCUAGGGUGGCUGGAUCCGAGAUAUGGGCUGAUUUGAAUUUGGUUUACAGGGUUCGAGUUGCUGGUGGGGCAGCCUUAGCAAGACUCUCCUGUAUGUGGCUUCGCUGCCACACCGACCAGAAGAUUCUGAAUCAGAAGCCGGCUGCAAAGAGCAAGCAGCUGGAAAGUUUUACUGUAGAUAUACAUGUGUUCUCUUAAGCUAAAAGUUGUAUGUAUACACGUGUUCUCUUAAGUUCAAAGUUGUAUAGGCUUCUUCCAUACAUAAAGAUGCGACAAGGUGCCUACUGUUUCAGUUGUCUCUACCAAAAAACCUUGACGUUCUCAAUGUAAAUAUGGUGUACUUCUCAUGUUGCAUGAGAAGUUUAAGAGUAAAUGUAUAUAUAGCUUUCUGCAAAAUUUGA